CCCAAAUCAGAGGCUCCUAUUAAAAGUGCUUCUCGAAAGCACCCUUUACUUUUAUUUGCUAGGCAAAACAUACUGUCUGGGAAGAAUCAGUGUGCGAUCAAUAACCAACCCAAUCUCCGACUUCUCAUUUCUCCUCUCCCAGAUCCCAGCCACCAUGAAGCUGCUCAUCUUCUCCUGCCUUGUGGCUCUUGCUCUGGCCAGGCCAGAAGCCCUCAACUUCUCUGCUAGGCGUGUUAAACACCAAGAAGCAGAAAGCCGCCUGAAUGAAGUUAUCAUUCCAGCAAGAGCGGUUUCAUCAAGUGAGGAAACUUCCCAGGAGGCAAUCGAAAUCAGAUAUCCCCUGGAGCAGCAAGUACUCGACAAAGCCAGAGAGGAACGUGUCCGCAGACCGGUCGAGUACAUCAUCGAGGAUGAUUCUUCUGCCUUAAAUGAGAGAAAGAUUGAAGAUGCCCGUGCAUACGACGAGCAGUACCUGAGAAGACCUGAGGAAGAGAGAGCUGUUCACUACCGGGAACUUCGCGCUUUUCCUACUGAGGCAAGAAAACUUAAGGCUUACAGAGAACCCUACGUGCAGCCAGAAAUCUACUACUAUCUCAUUUCCGUGCCACAACCCAUGCCUUAUCCAGAUGAGGUCCCUCUUGCUUACACCUACAAAUUCGUAGUACCUGCUGUCAACAGGGCAGAUGAGGCAGUCAAUACCCCUGUGGAAGAGGAGAAGAACUAAAAGGAGCUUUCCAGAUCCCCCUCUCUCCUGAUCCCUGUUCUGGCUGAAAAUUCCAACCUCUUUAUGGGCUCGGUCUUCUGUUGGUGUCUAGGAAUAGCCUCAUGCAAUGCAGGAGAUUUGACACUCAUUACUGAUUGAACAAAUAAAAACAAAGCAAAACUCAA